CCGCGUCUGGUCCAUGCCAAGCCGCUGCUGACUGAUGCUCACUCACGUGAUAUUCCAGCCACCGCAUUCUUCUCUUUUGGGAACAAAAUCCUGGGAUUUCAAACAAACGCGCUUCCCAGAUCCCCCAACCCCUCUCCUAUUUCACGCCGCCGCCCCAUCGCCGACUCAUCAUUCCACCGAUUCCCAUUCUAUCUCUGCGUUAGAAGCGUCGAACUGUGCAUCACUCAUCACUUUGAUUAAAUUUAGAUACGUUAGUCGAUUCCCGUUGCCCUGUAGCAUAGGGACCUGUCGCGCGAGGUCGCAAUUCGUGGGCCCUUGAUCCCCAAAGAAAGCACCAGCGCGUCGAUGACUGCGGGUCGACGUACUGGUCGCACUCGUUGUUGACUCUCUUUCUCGCGUCUGGAAUCACCUUAAGAAUACAUCUUUCCUAAUAGUACACGGCAUUGUUGAUCCCAUACCUUCAACAUGUUUUACUCGGAAACACUAUUAUCGAAGACCGGGCCGCUGGCUCGAGUCUGGCUGUCCGCGAACCUCGAACGCAAACUGACAAAAUCUCACAUUUUGCAAUCUGAUAUCGAAAGCAGUGUCAGCGCGAUUGUCGAUCAAGGCCAAGCACCCAUGGCGCUGCGGUUGAGUGGUCAGUUGUUGUUGGGUGUUGUCCGUAUUUACAGCCGGAAAACUAGGUACCUUCUCGACGACUGCAAUGAAGCUUUAAUGAAAAUUAAAAUGGCUUUUCGAUUGACCAACAAUAAUGAUCUCCCCAGCUCUGUCACCCUUCCUGCGGGUGGAAUUACACUACCAGAUGUGCUUACAGAGUCUGAUCUGUUUAUGAACUUGGAUACAUCUGUUUUGUUCUCACAGCCUCAAAUAGGGACUGAAGGGAAACGGCCUGCAUCGUCACUCGGUUGGUCCAGUCAACUUCUUCCAGACAGCACCCCUACUCAACGAUUCGCGACACCCAUCGAGAGACCCCACUUGGAAGAUGAUACCGGUCUCGUUCUUGAUUUAGGCGAGGACGACAUGCCUUUGGGCCACGACAUGAGCAUUGAAGUGGGACGAGAUGCACCCGCUCCACGAUCGGCUGGCGAUGACCUUUUCAGCGACGACCAUAGGCCAUUCGACGAUGAUUUAGAGCUCCAUCACAGUGAUGCCGGAAUCCAGUUUGGCAAGCCAGGCACUGAAGAAGAUGCCCAUGACAAUGUGGAUAACUUCUUGCAGCGAGAUGAUGAUGUGUUAAUGGGUGGCAUUGAAGAAGAACUGGGGGUCCCGGUUGCCGAAGAAGACACAACGGUGGUACCUGCCGAAGAACCCAGUGAAUUUCUUAGGGAUUCCCAAUCUCCGCUCUCCUCUGUGCGGUCUAGUGUCGUGCGAGAGUUUGAUGACUCUUUUAUGAAUGAGAAUGAAACUAUCCGCCAACCCCAAAGAGUCAAGAGAAGAAAAAUCAUCCAACCAGACGUAGAUACUGUGAUCUCCAGCCAUCAAAUCAAGGAGCAACAAGCUGACCGAUCGAGUAUCUUGAAACCGGCCUCAAUUUUGCCACGUGACCCUCUUUUGCUGACUCUGAUGAAUAUGCAAAAGAACGGGGAUUUCGUGUCAAGCGUUAUGGGUGGCAACAACCAAAACUGGGCGCCAGAAUUGCGUGAGAUGCUGUCAAUCGAUGCUGUGCGCCAGGCGAGCGAACUUAAGCGAAAACGGGACAGCGGCAUUGCCGAUAUGGAUGUUGAUGGUGCUGACAAAAUUCCGCGACUUGACCUUGGCGAGGAAGACGGUCUCCUACAUGCGGACGAAGGCGUUGAAAUUGGCGGAGAUACCACCUUGAACCAGCAAUCCGAAAUCCACCUUGCUGGUGACGAGGAACGACCACAUGACUUGUCCGAUGACGAAGCUGCCGUUUAUCAAGCGGACGGCUUUAACGACUCAAGUAGUGUUGUUCAUCCCGCAGAGAGCGGGCCAAUCUCCCUCGGCACACAGCACGCUGUUCACCUGUUGCGUGAUCGAUUUGGUGGCGAGCCACCAUCCGAGGGCGCGGCGCAGUCGAAGAAAAAUAGCGUUGUUUUCCAAGAUCUACUUCCCGAAAAGAUCACGAGCAAGAGUGAUGCGACCAAGAUGUUUUUCGAGGUUCUUGUGUUAGCUACGAAAGACGCUGUUAAGGUUGAGCAGAGUCCCGGUACGAUUGGUGGUCGUCUAAAGAUUCGUGCCAAGCAGGGUCUAUGGGGAUCGUGGGCAGAAACUGAAGCGGGUGGCGAAAUAGCCACCCAGGCACCGGAGGUUACAGUUUGAUUUUUUAUGUCCAUUCAAAAGGCUUUUGAUUAUCCUCUGGAUUGUUGCCCUAAUAUCAGCUUUUGGAUGGGUUCUUGAAUGUUCCUACCAAGAUACAAAAUACUUUGGCGAGUUCUGUCCGCCUUCCUUGGUCACUUUCUCUCCCUUCAAUUUUAAAUGUCAUUUUCUUGUCUCUUUCUUUUUUGACCUGAAAAAAUCUUGGCUUCGGACUCCGGGACGGACUGUUGCUGAUCGUUACUUAGUUCUAUGUUUUACUGUACCAAAGGUUGAGAAAUAACGGUUGUGUACAGUUUGUGGUGUUACAUCAUGUAUGAUUGCUUCUGCUCGUGCGAAAGUUGACUUGAGGCUGGGUUAGCCUUCUUUUUUGCUUCUUUGUUGUCUUUCUUUUCUCUGGAUGUCCCACUGCGGCUUCGUUACCAAUUUUUGUCACAGGAAAGGGGCGCAAUGAAAUGGCGUUGACAGUUGGGUUUUCUUGGUAUAUAUAAUAAAGCUUGGAUUUCUUUUUUCACCUAUUUUUCUGAAACAAGCGGGUUUCGUCCGGGAGAAACAGGGGCGUUGCGAGUUCUUGUCGUAAUAGACAAACAUUGCAGCGCAGCGGCGCCUGGCGGUUAGUUUAGAUUUGAUCAUUAGUACAGUCGCCGUAUUCGAACCAAUAUCAAUCACAAGUAUACUUUUACAGUUCAUGAAUCUUCGCCUUUCCCUGCAUUUAUCGUAAAAGCUUCCCCUCUGGGGUUGAGUGUCGAAGGGUUGGAUGGCAACGGAGUAAAUUUCUCACGUCGAGUUUCCAAGUUCGUAUUUCUCUGCUAAAUAUGUGUAUAUAUUCCAUUUACCAAAUGGGGAGGAGGUCGUUUAUAACAAUGGAUUGAGAUGGAACGCAAUCUUGCCUGGGAGGCGAAAACUCCUGGACCCAAUUUAGAAGAUAAAAGGAAUUGAAAACAGAAUCUCGCAUGUCC